ACCUACCAGUCUACCACCAUAUGCCACGUCAGCUUUUGUCAUCCCCUCGACCACCUUCCUCUUCACCUUCACUUGUUUGUCUUCUCUGUAAAUUAACAAGCUUUUUUGAUCUUCGCUGAAAAUAAUGGCAGACUUACUGCACAAGCCAUUGCUGGACAUUGAGGAACAACCACGGACCAGUAAGAAAACCCCACGUGUUGCCUCUCUUGAUGUCUUUCGUGGUCUCUGUGUCUUUCUAAUGAUGCUAGUUGAUUAUGGCGGGGCAAUUGUUCCAAUUAUAGCUCAUUCUCCGUGGAACGGACUUCACUUGGCAGAUUUUGUGAUGCCCUUCUUUCUUUUCAUUGCUGGGGUUUCUCUUGCACUUGUUUACAAGAGAGUAACAAACAGAAUAGAAGCCACACGGAAGGCGGUGCUAAGGGCAGUAGAACUAUUUUUGCUAGGUGUAAUUCUUCAAGGUGGCUACUUUCAUGGAAUAAAUUACUUGACGUAUGGAGUUGACAUGAAAAGAAUACGUUGGCUUGGGAUUUUGCAGAGAAUAUCAGUUGGAUACAUUUUUGCUGCUUUAUGUGAGAUCUGGCUUUCAUGUCGAUCGCGGAGAGAUGUAAGCUUUCUCAAGAGUUAUUACUGGCAUUGGGGUGCAGCGUUUUCACUAUCUGCUAUAUACUUGGGAUUAUUGUAUGGUUUAUAUGUUCCGGAUUGGCAAUUUGAAAUGGCCAAUGCAACUUCUUCUGUGUUUCCAGCAAAUCAUAGCUAUGUUUACAUGGUAAAAUGUUCUGUAAGGGGUGAUCUUGGACCUGCAUGUAAUUCAGCUGGAAUGAUUGAUCGCUAUGUCCUUGGCAUUGAUCACCUGUAUAAAAAACCUGUUUACAGAAACCUGAAGGAGUGCAAUAUGUCCACCAAUGGCCAAGUUCCAGAGAGUGCACCUUCCUGGUGUCAUGCUCCUUUUGAUCCUGAAGGUGUUUUAAGCUCCAUAACAGCUGCAGUGACUUGCAUAAUUGGACUUCAAUAUGGUCAUAGUCUUGCUCACUUGCAGGACCACAAGCAACGCCUGCAAAACUGGAUCCUGUUCUCAUUGUCACUUCUUUUGAUUGGACUGCUCCUUGCUGUUGUAGGCGAUCCCGUGAAUAAAUCCUUGUACACAUUUAGCUAUAUGCUGAUUACUUGUGCUUCAGCGGGGAUCACAUAUUCUGCUAUUUACUUGCUGGUAGAUGUAUAUGGUUAUAGAUGCUUGACAUUUGCUUUGGAGUGGAUGGGAAAGCACUCUUUGAGUAUUUUCGUUCUCAUAACCUCUAACUUAGUUGUUAUAGCAAUACAAGGAUUCUACUGGACAGCUCCUGAAAAUAACUUGAUUCACUGGAUUGUUACCCGGUUCGUGCGCAGAUGAUUAAAGUGGUUCAGAGCUUAGCUAGGAUAAUAGUAGUAACGCCUUUUCUCAUUUCCUUGUAAAUUUUUCCGAAGAUGCUCGUGCUUAUAGUUUCAUGGCCACAAGAAGGACGGCGCAAACUAUAUUUCAGCACAGCAGUGAAUGAUGGAAACUGUGGAUUCUUCAGGUGAUUUUAGGGCCAUCACUGAGGCCCAGAUUUUUGUUAAAUGAGCUCAAGACGAAGAGAAAAAUUCAAA